AUGUCUGUCGGCAACGGGGCAGGAGUCAGCCUGGCUGGGGGAGUCGCCGCCGUGAUAGGCGAGGUGGUGGUCCAUCCCAUGGACACGGUCAUCACGCGCAUGCAGUCUUCAGUGUACCGGUCGCAGUACAAGAACCUCGACGGCUCCCUCAAGCGCGCCCUCUUCUCCGGGCUCUACCAGGGCUUCGGCCCGACGCUGAUAGCCAGCGUGCCCUCGUCGGCCGCCUUCUUCGUGGCCUACGAAGCCUCGAGGUCGGCGUUUGCAAGGGCCCGCGCCGCUGGACACGUCUCCGGGGUGCCGCAGCCGGUCCUCGACGCCGCGAGCAGCGCGGGCGCCGAGCUCGUGGCCUGUGCCAUUGCCAACCCGGCCGAGGUGCUGAAGCAGAACGCGCAGGUGGUGCCGCAGGCCCGCCAAGCGUCGUCUCCCACGGCGGAGAUUCUGCGGCGGUUCUGCAGGCGCCCGUCGAGGCUGUGGGCGGGCUACUCGGCACUGGUGGCCAGCCAGCUGCCCAGCAUCUGCCUGACGUUUUCCCUCUACGAAACCUUCAAGGCGGCUCUGCUCGAGAGACUGCGGUGGCAGGCCGACGACGUGGCUCGGCAGAUGGCGGCGAGCGCCCUGAGCGCGGCGCUGGCGGGCGGCUGCUCGUCGUGGCUCUUUGUGCCCAUUGACGUGGUCAAGACGAGGAUGAGGCUGGCGGCAGGUGGCGAGCUGCAAGCUGCGCGGCCGCUGCUGAAGAAGACGAGUCGGGGACUGGCAGCGUCGUCGCCGCCGCCAAUGAGCAAGGGCGCAUGGGCCGUGGCCGCAGAUGUGCUUCGUACCGAGGGGGUUCCCGGGCUGUUCAGGGGCUCCAUCUUGACCUGCGUGGCGGCCUUCGUGGGCACGGGGCUUUAUAUUGGCUGCUACGAGGGCGGCAAGAUUCUGUUCAACGAGUUAUGCCGCGGCCAAGCGCCUCACGGCCUAUCAAGUCGGAGGUAG